AAUAUAAAAAAAAAUAAAGUUAUAUUUCGUAUUAGGUAUGUUAUAUUUGGUAUUAGGUACGGAUUCCACGUUUAAUAUGGUCAUGCCUUAAAAGUCCUUGCGACAGUCUUCAUCUGCCAAUCGAAUGGCCUUCCCCCAUUAUCAAAGGACUUAAAGCCCCCUGUACAAUUUCAUCACAUUCCCAAAAUUCACUUCAAACACACAUCCUUAAAGCCUCAGCCAUGGCCGGGGAAACCUCGACCCAACCUCCGCCGGCUGGAGCCCCACCCGAGUGGAAGUAUGAUGUGUUCGUGAGCUUCAGCGGUGAAGAUGCGAGGAAGAGCUUCAUGUCCCACCUCUUCCGUGCCUUUGAGCGUGCCGAGAUCAGUUGCUACCGCGACGUCGACUGGGACCAACGCGGCCGCAUCGUGGGACCGAUGCUCUUGGAAGCAAUCCGUGGCUCGAGGAUUGCCCUUGUUCUCUUCACCACCCACUACUCCAACUCUAGGUGGUGCCUCGACGAGCUCGUUGAGAUAAUGAACUGUGAUGGGCAGGUGUAUAGAGACCACGGCCACAUGGUGGUCCCGAUCUUCUUUGACGUGGAGGCAACGGACGUCCGGAGGCAGCAAGGGGAGUUCGGGAGAUGGUUAGAGAGCAGUGCGGCCGAGCAAGGGGAGGCCAAGGCGGCCGCCUGGCGGGCUGCGCUCUAUGAGGCAGGGGACCGAUCGGGAUUGCAUUUACAGAAUGACGCCAAUGGGGAUGAAUCAUUGCUCAUUGAGAAAAUUGUGGGACAAAUCUAUAGCAAGACUGCCUUCAGGAAUUCACCUUACUUCAUAAAAGACGCAGUCGGAAUAGAUGACAGUGCGAGCGCUGUGAUUUCGUUGUUAGACAUCAGCUCGUCUCAUGAUGUGCGCGUCAUCGGUUUACAUGGGACCAAAGGGAUAGGCAAGACAACCUUGGCAAGACUUGUAUGCAGCCGUGUUUACAGCAAAUUUGAAGGUGUGAGUUUCCUGGAAAACAUCGGAGAUGCAAAAAAAGGAGAUAUUAUUAAGUUCCAGAAAAGGCUCCUCAAUGAUGUCUUGAAGGUAAAACACUUGGCAUUGGACGAGCAAUAUUCGAAUCGCAACCUUGGUCUGAUGAGGGAUAAGUUGCACAACAGGAAGGUACUUCUUGUACUGGAUGACGUGAACGAGAAGAACAUAGUGACAUUACUUGCGGGUGGACGAGGAGGAUUGCUUGCUCAUGGAAGUCGAAUCUUAAUAACCACAAAAGAUGAGUCGUUGCUGGAUGAUCUUAAAGUGGACUGCAAGUGCAUGGUCUCAGGACUCGGCGAAACAGAAUCACUCCAGCUCUUCGGUCGUUAUGCAUUCGAUGACGGAGAUGGUGACCAAGAAGCUUGUGAAGAAUUGUCCAGGAAUCUUGUUCACUAUGCAGGAGGGCUCCCAUCAGCCAUUAUAACUCUCCGCACUUGGCUUUUCGAGAGAAAGAAAGAUCAAUGGAACAAGUUGUUGCAGCGGUUAGAACGAAAUCCUAUUUUAGACUAUACCGGAGAAUGUUUAGAAAAUGCGGACUCAUUUCUCCAUCCUUCUGAAUCCGUGGUUGGGCCAUAUGGAGAGCAUGGUGGGUCUUCUUUUGACGAUAAAGCUUAUAGUGGCAUAAGGCAGAUGGAGAUUGUCGUGUUCGGGCCAGUUGUUGGGUCUAUCCGCAUCGACUAUGAUCAUAACGGAUCUCUCGUACGUUCAUGCAGGCAUGGUGAAUCCCAUGAGGGCCAAACUUCUACGGUUACACUAGAUUACCCAGACGAAUAUUUGACUUCAAUCUCCGGCUGUACAAACACUAAUCUCUGCAUCAUCCAGUCACUCUCGAUCCACAGUAACCGAAGGAAAUAUGGGCCAUUUGGCGAUGAAAACGGGAAUCCUUUCUCUUUUCAUGAUAAACAAAUUAAGGACGGAAAGAUACUCGGAUUCUUCGGGAAGUGUGGCUCCUAUGUCAAUUCUAUCGGAGCAUAUAUUGGGCCAAUUUCACAUCCAUAUUCAUUCAAAACCAUAGGUCCAUUUGGUAACCAGGAUGGAAAUUCUUGGGACGACGGAAAGCAUCCAGACAUAAGGCAGAUCGAUGUGGUCUUUGAUACAGAAGUUGAGUCUAUCAGCAUCAUUUACGACAAUCACGGUCACCGCACAAUUCCCUUCACACACGGUGAAAAAGGUGGAGGGAAAUUCUACUCGGUUAGGUUGGCCUAUCCGUAUGAGUACUUAAGAUCGAUCUCGGGCUACUUGAGAGAACAUCUUGGCAGACUCAUUCUACAGUCAAUCUCAUUCAACAGUAACAGGAGAAAUUAUGGACCAUUUGGUCGAGAGGUUGGGAUACCAUUCAGAGGUCCUUCAACCGGUGGCAAGAUUGUGGGAUUCUACGGAAGCUGCAAUCGCCAUCUCGAAUCAAUUGGAGCGUAUCUUGAGCCAGCUUCUCAUAGACAUCAUGUGAGAACUGUUGGACCUUUCGGAGGUAAUGGUGGAAGCCCUUGGGAUGACGGAAGACAUACCGGUUUGAGGCAAAUAAUUAUCAGGUCUGGAGAUGUGAUUGAUUCCAUUAAAUGUGUAUACGAUGACAAUGGAACCUCUUCAGACGGAUUGAAACAUGGUGCAGAUGGUGGCCCGCAUUCACAUACGAUCGAAAUGGAUUGUGCAAAUGAGUAUAUAACUUCUAUUUCUGGCUAUUUUGGUGAAUGGGGUCCAAUGUAUCUUCUUUUCUCAUUGACAUUCCGAAGCAACAAAAGAGUGUACGGUCCAUAUGGUCCAGAGCAAGGCACAUACUUUUCAUCCCCACCAAAUACCGGAAAGAUAGUUGGAUUAUAUGGAAGAUCUGGCCUAUAUCUCGAUUGCAUCGGGGCAUAUUUUGCACCAGCUUUUGAUCAUCUGAACCCAGCUAACACUGUUGGACCAUUUGGAGGUGGAAGUGGAAACCCCUGGGACGAUGAAAAACAUACAGAUGUGCAACAAAUCUUUCUUUCUUAUGGAACAGUCAUUGAUGGCAUGUGUUGUGUUUACGACAAAGGCAAGAAAUCAGCACACCGUGGCGGUAGUGGCGGAUGUUCAUAUACGAUUGAGCUGGACUGCCCAAAUGAAUACUUGACAUCAAUCUCGGGAUAUACUGGAGACUUCCUAGGUACUACAGUCGUCAGAUCACUCACAUUUCAGAGCAAUAAGAAGACGCAUGGGCCAUUCGGCUACAGUGGAGGAACACCUUUUUCGUUCACAACUAGUACCGGGAAACUAGUUGGAUUUUAUGGACUAAGUGGCAGAUUCAUUAAUUCAAUUGGAGCAUAUGUUGAUCACUUCUAAGGCCAGUGACCUUCCAAAAAAAUUGGCUUUCAGAAGGCUGAUCUCUUGUUCAGUUAUUUUCUUCCCAACAUUUCUCUUCAAUUUCUUUUGAAUUUGUUUUCCUUUUUGGUGAAUAGCCAAGAAACUGAAUUCAAGACGGCAAAAGUUUGUAUGACUAUUAACAAAAUAAUUUUGUACGUCUAUUUGUUUGUGAUC